CUAAUGUAAAUUCUCCAUGCCUGCACAAUAACGGACGGUCUGUGGCGGGAAUAGUAGUCUACUGCACUUUCUUCCAGACGACUCAAUAUGGCGGGCUACAGCGAACUUUUGAGUUUCAUGGACAGCCCCGUGUUUCGGUUGUAUGCGACUUAUGCGGCCGUCGUCACCUUAAAGAUGAUGUUUCUGUCUGCUUGGACUGCGAAGUUCAGAUUAUCUCAAAAGGUAUUCAUAAACCCAGAGGACGCACCAGCAGGGAAGAAGGAAUUGGUCCGAAGACAUGACGAUGUCGAACGAGUUCGGAGAUGCCACCGUAACGACUUGGAGAACAUCGUUCCGUUUCUGGUCCUGGGUCUGCUGUACGUUCUGACCGGACCCAGCGUGUACGCAGCCGCCUGGCACUUCCGAGCGUUCGUGGCGUCUCGUUUCGCCUACAUGGUGUGCUACCUGUUGCCCCUGCCUCAACCGACUCGCUUCCUCGCCUGCUUGGUAGGGUACGGCGUCAACGUGUCGUUGGCGGCGCAGGUGAUCAUGAACGGCCAACUGUGGGUUUUGGGGGGAUUCAGCUUUGGCUUGGGGAUUAAAAUCAUGUCAAGAGGGGGACAGGUUAGAUGUCGAAGGGGGAACGGGGCUAAUAGGCACGUACAAUUUCCUAUAUUUGAAGGCUAUGAUGAACUCCCUUUUUGCGUCAUCUGACGACUUUGAAUUCAGCCAACAAUCUGCAGAGAACUCAUGUUGUAACCGAUGAACGUUGUAAAGCUGCUGUAAUCGUGCUUUGUCCUGUAACAAAUAAAUUUGCCUGUUUGCAUCUGCAGAGCUUUAUAAAGUUUUAAAAAGUAGUUUUAAAUGACGCGCUGCCGCUCACAGUUUUGAGCGAAAUGCUAUAAAAUAUUCAUAUCUUGUGACGUAUCUGCUCAAACAUAUACAUUUUGGAAUCACGCGUUCUGUAAUGCAUGCAUAGUCUGACCCGAUCCUAGCUAUGCGAUGAUCGCGGCUGCAUAGGCCUGUUGGCCGUGGAAAAGUAGUUUUGUUUAUAGACUAAGCUGAAAAAAGUUGCCCAAUGCUGCAUUGUAGUUUAAUUGAUCUCUUUAAGGUGGUCAUAGUGUUUAGAUGAACUGACGCAUGAAUUCACUCUUUCAAAUCAAGAUGUUGCUAAUACUCUGCUAUAAAUAAUCAUCUUGCGUACAAAGAAAUCGAUGCCGAAAACCUAGGGCUAAAAUUACAAGUUCCGGAACUAAAACACUGAUGUUAAGAAUUGUGCAGCGUGUCCCAGUAAACAUUGUGCAUAAAGAAGUCGCUGAUUUGCUCAAAAGGUGGUCAAACUAGCUUAUCAAGUUUUAUCUUAUUUUAAAGCCUAUGGUCCGUGUGGUGAAAAUUGGUGAAAAUAUCAAGAAAAUCCAUCAAUGCAAACCAGAGAUAUCGUUGAUUUUGUAAGGCUAUAUUAUUUUCCUCCUGCACAAUUAGAAUCCUGUAUAAGAUGGAAUUUUUGCGCCGGGGUGAUAUAAAUCAAAUUAGGUUUGUGAAGGGCAAAACGUCGGUGAAGGGCAAAACCUAAUUUAAUUUAGAAUCCUGUAGUAAAGCUUAGGCCAAUACAUUUCAGCUGUCAAAGAAGAUUGUUUUCUGUGCUCACCCAAAUGCAACAUAAAGGCCAUGCAAUAUUUCAAGCACUGCGUAACACAUGCCAAUAACCCAAUAAUUAGAAAAAUAACACUUAAUGUGGAAAUUACAUUGUGCAGGUCAAAAAAUACAUAGCCUUACUAAAUCAAAGAUAUCUCUGCUUUGCAUCGUUGGAUUUUCUCGGGUUUUUUUCACAAUAUAAACAAGACCAUAGGCUUGAAAAUGCUAUAAAAUGUGAUUAGCUAGUCUGACCAACUUUGAGAAAAUCAGCGAUUUCUUCAUGCACAAUGUUUAUUGGGACACGCUGUACUGAGACGCCAGUAUACAGUAGACCUAUAGAUAACAUUUUAUACUUUGUUAUUGAACUUAAAGGUUUAGGCAGAAUGUGCGCAUUGUGCGGUGACACAUCACGGAAAAUCUCUAUGAUAGCAGUGUGGUCCAUUCCAUGUAAUGUUACAUAUAAAUAUACGGAUCCACUGGCCUCUGACAAAAAGGAAUAAUUCUAAAUUUACAACUGGAUUAAGGAUCAAGGAGUGCUUUUAUUCUAAUUUUUGCUGCAGCUGAUUUCUCUUGACUUUAAAUAAUGUUUUUUAUUAUACAAUUAAAUUAAAGAUAAUUUAAUUGCUGUUUUUAAAGAACGAAUAUAAAAAAUGAUUAUUGUCUUGCUUUCUGUUUACAUAGUUUUAACUCGCCUUUAACAGUUUGACACACUUUUCUUGCUUUAUAUUAAAGGAGUUUGUUGAUAACCAAUGUUGAAUAAAUAUAACCUGUCCCUUGAAA